AUGUCUGAAGACAUCGUCCAACCGAUUGUUGACAACAAUGAUGUGACAGAGUUGAUAACGACGCUGGCGACGCCGGUUACAGACCCGCCACUGAACGAAAGUGAUGCGUUCCCGACACCAAGUGACAGUGAAGAUGCUUCCAACAACAGCGCCAUCUUUGGCGCAGAAAGUUUAGUGUACAACAAUUACUCAAUAUUUGGAACAUUUGUCGUGAUCGAACUUGUUAUGACAACACUAGAAUUAAUUAUAUCAAUCGUCGCAGCUAUCAAGAUGGAAAGGAUAAGAAGAUAUUCAUUAAUCCCUACACAAGUGUCUGUUGGUAAAUCUGCAGGUUUGCCAAAUGACAAGAAUCGGAGACUCAAUACGAGUUAG